GUUAUCUUCUUGUUUUAUUUGUGAUGGGAUCAUCAAACCUCAAAAUUACUCGCUUUGGGAACACUCUGAUUCCAAAGCCUUCUGUUUUGGGAAGGAAUCGUUAAUUAGCAGCCUGGCCAAUUAUUGCAAUAUCCCGUAAAUUUGUCCAAAAGGUCCGAAAGGAUAGAAUAGAAACAGGCAGAGCCUCGCCCUAAUAUCCUCGCGUCUGCCUUGGAAUUCGUCGGUGCUUCUGCAACGACUUGCGCACCUACCUUUCUUCUUUUCUUCACCACUUAUUUCUUUUUCCACCAAAACAAACACACCUUUCCACUGCUGUUUUUCGUCUCUCUCUAAUCUUCGGCUCCGGAGUGGAAGAAGAGGAGAAGAAUCAAUGGCGUCGACGUCGGAAAGGAGGAAGAUGACAUCGGAUGACCGGCAAAAGGGAGAAGAGAAGGUAGAGAGGGAGCUGGACAUGGAGAUCCCUCUGAUGAGGCAGUCGUCCAUCUACUCGCUGACCCUGGACGAGAUCCAGAACACGGUGUGCGAGCCCGGAAAGACCUUUGGAUCCAUGAACAUGGACGAGUUCCUCGCCAACAUCUGGAACGUCGAGGAGGGCCAGAUCGCCCACGCAGCCGGAUCGGAGGCGCAGCCCAACGGUGAAGGGGCGCCGCCUCCGCCUCCGCCUCCGCCGCUGCAGCGGCAAGUGUCGAUCAGCAUCCCGGCGCCGCUGUGCAGGAAGACGGUGGACGAGGUGUGGACAGAGAUCCACCGGGGCCGGAAAGUCGACCACCCGCAGCAGCACGGGAGCGACGGCGCAGACCCUCGCCAGGUCACCCUCGGGGAGAUGACGCUCGAGGACUUCCUCAUCAAGGCCGGGGUCGUGAGGGAGGGCUAUCAUCAGGUCGUCGCUCCGUCGCCUCACGCGCCGCCUCCGCCUCCGGUGACGCAGUACGGGGUGCCGACGGGGUACCAGAUGGUGGGGCUGGAGGGGGCGCCGGUGUACGGGCAGGUGGUGGGGGUGCAGGGUUACGGGGACCACCAGGUCGCGGGCAAUGGGAUGUACGAGGUCUUCGGGGAUGGCGGGCCAGGAUACUCCGUGGGCAACGGGUUCGGGGAAAGGGUUAGGAACGGGUACGGGGGGUCGAGCCCAGGGUCGGAGGAGGGGGUGGGGGGAGGACAGGUGGGCAAGUCGGGGGCGGCGGAGGGAGGCGGAGGGGGGAAGUUAGGGAGGAAGAGGGCACUGGACGGGGCGGUGGAGAAGGUGGUGGAGCGGCGGCAGCGGAGGAUGAUCAAGAACCGCGAGUCGGCGGCCAGGUCGCGAGCCCGAAAGCAGGCAUAUACGGUGGAGCUCGAGGCGGAGCUGAAGCAGCUAAAAGAAGAGAAUGUCCGACUUAAAGAAGAGGAGAGGAAAAUGCUGGCGUUGAAGAAGCAAGUGCUGAUGGAGUCCAUGGCCGAACGUGCAAGGGUGAAUGCCCAGAAGACUGUCCUCAUGCUGAGGCGCUGCAACAGUAGCCCAUGGUAAUGGGAUCACCAGCAGCUAACCCUCACCUUCCAUGAGGCAUUUUGGAGCAGUCUCUCAUUCUGUUUUAGCUCUGUUCUGCAAAUCAGGCACUGGGAGCGAGCCCCCCUCUUCGCUUACGCGCCGAGCGGUUCCCUCCUACAGUUGCCUCUUUUCCUGUCCAUACGCCUCUUUUGUUGGAACCGUGAGCGGUAGCUGCUCUGAUAGACGGUGAAUUUGGUUGGGUGCUGUGUUGUACAAAGAUCUGCCAGGAAAACAGUGAAUAAAGAAGUGCCAACAUGUUUUCCUUUUGCAUUU